AUGACGGAACCUUCGGAUCCAGCCCAGGACGCCGACUUGCCCCCUUUCUCGUUCUCGAAGCGGCCCAUUAUUAGCACUAUGGCUACGUCGGCUAUCCCGCACAACAUAGACAGGGCCCUCUUGAACGUGCUGAAGCCUGCAGACGUACCCACUUUCAACAACGUCAACUACGAUGACCGUAUCAGGGCUCCACGCAUGUCGCUGGCCACCCAUUAUACUUACAAGCCCGAGCUGCCCCGGCCUGAGUCAUCGGAACACAAUGUAGACGGCUCGUCGCAAGCAGGCCCCACAACACCCGGAUGCGGGAAUGAAGAUGCCCAGCUGGAGUACCGGCCCGCAACUGCCGACUUGAACCAGCCCACACGCAGGAACCUGGAGCCCAUCAAACAGAAGUGGGGGAUUCUAGUUUCCACAGGAAAUAUCCUCUCGCUAGACACAGUCGAGUACCCGGAGAUUUACGGAACAGCCGCCAAGUUCCGCUCAGGAUCGGGUGCACUGCCUGGCACGACGCCACUCAUGCAACAGAAGCUUGUGCGAGCCAUCGAAAACCUCGAUGCAAACACCACCCUGGAAGAGCGGGCUGCACACGCAGAACGUGCAAAUAGCUUUUGCAAGCCCGCAAGUGGCAGAAAUCGUGUGUACAUGCCAAGCAGCGGGCCCGCCAUCCAGCAGGUGUACACGCAGAAAAAGCCGUUGUGCUUGCCUGCGGUGCUCCGGCCUCCGCAGGAAAUCGACAAAAUCAACGAGGAAGACUUCCUUCAUGAUCUGAGUGCAGAUGAAGGCUCUUUCGAAGCCAAGCUAGGCGAGUUCCCGUUUGAGAUGCCGCAGGACGCCACUCUGCAGAAUUCCAGAGCCGAGCCCACGCAUGAGCACUGGGCACCCAACAGUUCUUCCGACCACUGCAUGAACUGCUUUGAAGUCUUUCGGGGUUUUUUCAACCCGCAGAGACGAGGACGACACCACUGCAGGUUCUGUGGCCUACUCUACUGCCACAACUGCCUAUAUAAGAGCAGAGAAGCAUUUCAGAUUGCCCCGCCCGCAGCUGACACCCAAACUCAGCUGCGGGCGAACAGCGGAUCUUCAAACUCAAGCUCAAAAUUCAAACUCUGCAAAGUGUGUAAGACAUGUGGCAAUAACUCUCUGCGGCUAUUAUACUUGCUCAACCAAAGAAGUCGGGCCAAGAACGACAUUGACACACCAUACGUCUUUAUUGAUAACCCAUACAUAGGCGCCAGCCACGCACUGCAGGCACACCCACUUUACGAUCUCAAAUCCAGGGCGACUAGGCCUGGUUUCAAAAACGAGGGUGGCUCUGAGAGGCGGGCGUCAUAUAAUCACGUUCCCUCAGAUUGGACGUGGAGCUCUUUCUGA